AUGAGUGAACGCAGUAAGACAGUUGCCGUCAUCGGCUGUGGAAUUUCUGGCCUAACUGCAGUCAAGUGCUGCCUGGACGAAGGCCUGCAACCAACGUGCUUCGAGAGGUCAGAUGGCAUUGGUGGUCUGUGGUACUACCGCGAAAACAGUGAAUACGGGAUAAUGACCACGGUCUACAAAUCGACCAUUACCAACACCAGCAAAGAGGUGACGAGCUUCAGCGACUUCCCCUUUCCAGGCGAGUGGCCAAAUUUUCUGCACCACAGCUACAUGAAGAGGUACCUGGACAUGUACGCCGACAAGUUUGGCCUCAAGAAGCACAUCCGCUUCUCUACGAGAGUGACCCGCUUGGCUCAGGCACCUGACUAUGAGGCUACUGGGCGAUGGGUCGUCACUAGCCAAGCGGAAGGAGUGUCUGGGCACGUGGAGGAGUUCAGCCAGGAGUUUGAUACUGUGAUGAUCUGCACUGGGAUGUUCAACAACCCUAACGUCCCAGAGUUUCCAGGCCUUGAGGAGUUCCAGGGGAAGGUUAUGCACAGCCAGGCUUUCCGGAGGCCAGAGGAAUUCGAAGGCAAACGAGUGGUUGUAGUUGGGAUUGGCAAUUCAGCAGGGGAUGCAGCUGUAGACGUCAGUCGCCUGGCAUCACAGGUGUACUUGAGUACCAGACGUGGCGUGUGGAUAGUCAAUCGCAUUGGAGACUACGGUAUCCCGUGGGAUUUCCAUAUUUCCGGAAGAUUCCACCUGGUACCAGCAAAACUUCACUUCAUGCUUUUCGUGAAAUCCCUCAAACGUAAGUUCAAGAUGCUCUAUAACUCUCUGAGGCCGGCCCACGAUUUGUUUGCCGGCGAUGCACUGGUUACAGAGGACAUGCCAGGUUGUAUCAUCAGCGGCACAGUGAUGAUCAAGGCAAACAUCGCAAGCUUCACCAAGACGGGCGUGGUUUUUGAAGACGGUACCACCGAGGAGGACAUCGAUGCCGUCAUCAUGGCCACCGGCUACAAGGACACGCUGCCCUUGGAGGUUGAUUGCCAAGCACUGGAGAUGAAAGAUGGCCACCUGCCGCUGUACAAGUUGGUGUUUCCUUUAGGUCUAAAGCACAACACGCUGUCGGUCAACGGCGCCAUCAGACCCUUGGGCUCAGUCAUCCCGUGCGUCGAGCUUCAGGCUCGCUGGGCUUCGAGGGUGUUCAAAGGGUUGGCUAAGCUACCAUCCCAGCCGGAUAUGGAGGCUGAGGUGAAGGCGACUGACGAAGCCAUGAAUGCCGCAUUUUUACCUAACCACCGACACAGUGAUUUCCAAGCCUACUGCAUCAGUCUGGCGUCUGAGAUCGGAGUCGAGCCAAAUUUCCUGAAGCUCUUCUUCACCGAUCCCGUGCUGACUCUCCGGUGCUUGUUCGGACCCCUUGUGCCAUACCAGUUUCGAUUGGUGGGUCCUGGGAAGAAUGAUGAAGCCCGAAAGGCAAUCAACACGGUUUGGGAGCGGAUCGAGAAGCCAACCAAGACAAGACCUAUUGGCCCAAAAGAAGACGCCCGCCAUCUCGUCAUUCUUAUUGCUUUCUGUGUUUCUGUGCUUGUAGUCGUCAUGGCCUGGAUUUUGUUGUAAGCAGAGAUGGAAGCUAGGCCAUACAACCUUUUGAAAUAGGUUUUGAAGCAGAUUAAUGCUGACUUAUUGGCCCAGACGCCACCAAAUGUUGUUUUCCUAAAUUGUCACGUCUGUCUCUGCUUUGCCGCUUUGUUUUGAUGUAAGUAUGGAUUGUUAAUUAGAACAUCUCAAUUAUAGUCAUGGAAUGCACGUCAUUAUAGCAAUCAACAAACUUUGGGUGAGUUUGAGGAAGACUUAGAGUUGUGGCCAAGAGCAGACGCUCACCGCCAUGCUGUUCCCUUAGUUUUGUGAGUUUCUUUCUUAGCAAAAAUAGUGGCUUGUCUUUUGAUGUAGCCUAAGCAGAAACUGUUAAUUUGACUGGCCUUAUGGGAUGCACGGAAGGAUGUCAACAGGCUUUGGUAUGGGUUUAAACACUUAGUUAUUCUCCUUGUUUUAUGUGUGUGUGCAAUUGUGCACUUGUGAUGGCUUGGUUUUGGAUGUAAGAAGAGACUGGUAAUUUAUCUUGCCUUGUAUGAAAGGCUUUCAACAAGCUUUAGAGUUGGUUUUAAACAGACUGAACGUUUUGUUAUGCGCCAUCUAAGUUGAGACAGGUAAUGUAACUUAGAGUAUAGGCCCCGAAGUAGAGGCCCACCAAUAUCCUCCUUGUUUAGGCGUGUCAUGCACUUGCAGUUAAGGUUGUUUGGCCUUUGAUGUAAGUAUAGAGACUGGUAAUUUAUUUUGCCUCAUUGUAUGGGAUACA